AUGUCGAAUGAUAAGGGCCCAGCCCUAGAAAGGAGCAUCUGGGCCGGGGUGAUCAUCGCCGCGGUGAUUGUUUUCUUGAGGGUCGUUGCGAAGAUCAAGAUCAAACGGUUCCACGUCGACGAUGUCUUGAUGAUUAUUGCGGAGAUUCUUAUUAUUGUGUCAACGGUAUUCCUGACCCUAAGCGUGAAGCAUGGGUUUGGUAGCAAUCUGCUCAACCUAGACACUCAAGACCAACAGCUGGUCUUGAAGUAUAUCCUCUUUCAAGUGACCCUCGUGACAUUCAGCACCACUAUUGCCCGCUCGGCCUUUAUUAUAUACCUCCUCGCCGUCCUUAGUACUAACAAGGCAUACGUGAUUGUGUUAUGGAUUCUUCUAUUUAUUCAGGCUGCGGGGAAUAUUGUUGCUGCGGUGCUACCGCUAACUAUCUGUCGUAAUGUCGCCGCAAUGUGGAGUAUCGAGGCGGCUAUGGAUACCACCUGUGGCGACACAGGGGACGUCAUCAAUUUCGCCUAUUAUUCUAACUCAUUUAACUCCGCCACCGACCUGUUCCUAGUUAUCUUCCCAACUCUAGUGUUCUGGAACCUCAAUCUCAAGCUGGGCAUCAAGAUUAGUUUGAUUGGUCUGUUGAGUUUGGGUAGCAUCGCAAUGGUCGCCUCCAUCAUCAAGACAACGAAACUCGACCAGGUGCCCGGACUCACCAACCUCGGUGCCACUGUCGGCCUCGAGCUAAUGCGUUGGGGCUACAUUGAGAAUACGAUCAUUAUCAUUACGUCUUCCAUCCCCUGCAUCCGCCCCCUAAUCAUCUCCUCGGUGCGCAAGUUCUCGAGUGUUACCCGCUCCUACGAACUUAGCGGACGCUUCAGCGGCCACCGAACUGCAGGCAACGACACGAGCCAGUCACGGCUUGGGCGGUCGCGGCGUUUCACCAAGUCUCACAACGCGGAGAAUGGCAGCGUGGAGCACAUCCUCGAACACAUCAUAUGUGUUGCAUUGGCAGUUGGCCUCUGCCUUGCCGCUUUUGCCCAUUGGUUCUUGCGUUACCGAGGACGCUCCAUGGAGGAAGUCCAGCCGACAACUGCUCCUAUCUUUAUUCAGUUACAGUCAGACCGGUCAAAAAAGCAGGAACAGACUCUUCCUACAAUGGACGAUCAUGACAUAUGCGUACCAAUUGUCGAAUAUCAGAUGUGGAAAAUCCAUCAAUUCACAGAAAGGUGUUGUAAUGAACUGGCCCCGACCUGCGACUCUGAAUUCGCGAAACAUUAUGGCAAAUUCCAAUCCACCGGUGCAGCUUCCUCUUUCUCCCGCUAA